GGUUCUGGGAUAGCGAUGGGGACUCCCGGAGCCUCGGCGGGCCCUCUGUAUCUGUCUACCGCGUCUACACCCCCAAGGAAGCGCGCGGCCGGGGAGGCCGGGGUUGCGAGAAGCAGGCAGCGGGUUCUGGAUGAAGAAGAGUACAUCGAGGGACUCCAAACAGUUAUCCAGAGAGAUUUCUUCCCUGAUGUGGAGAAGCUACAGGCACAGAAGGAAUACCUGGAGGCUGAAGAAAAUGGAGAUUUGGAGCGUAUGCGCCAGAUUGCCAUCAAGUUUGGCUCUGCCCUGGGCAAGAUAUCUCGUGAACCUCCACCACCCUAUGUUACUCCAGCCACCUUUGAAACUCCUGAAGUACACACAGGCUCUGGUGUAGUGGGCAGCAAGCUCCAGCCCCAGGGCCGGGACCUAGAUGAUGGAGAGGCUGGAGAUGAGGAGGAAAAGGAGCCGCUGCCCAGCUUGGAUGUCUUUUUGAGCCGCUACACAAGUGAAGACAAUGCCUCCUUCCAGGAGAUCAUGGAAGUGGCCAAGGAAAAAAGCCAUGCCCGCCAUGCAUGGCUCUACCAAGCUGAGGAGGAAUUUGAGAAGCGACAGAAAGAUAAUCUUGAACUCCCAUCGGCAGAGAACCAAGCCAUUGAGAGCAGUCAGGCUGGAGUGGAGACCUGGAAGUAUAAAGCCAAGAAUUCUCUCAUGUACUAUCCUGAGGGUGUCCCCGAUGAAGAGCAGUUGUUCAAGAAGCCACGGCAGGUAGUACAUAAGAACACACGUUUUCUUCGGGACCCCUUCAGUCAGGCCCUGAGCAGGUCCCAGCUUCAGCAGGCAGCUGCCCUGAAUGCCCAGCACAAACAGGGCAAGGUUGGCCCUGAUGGCAAGGAGCUUAUUCCUCAGGAGUCCCCCAGAGUGGGCGGGUUUGGAUUUGUUGCCACUCCUUCUCCUGCUCCUGGUAUGAAUGAGUCACCACUGAUGACGUGGGGAGAAGUUGAGAACACACCCUUGAGAGUCGAAGGGUCAGAGAGCCCCUAUGUGGAUAGGACACCAGGACCGACUUUCAAGAUCCUGGAGCCAGGACGCAGGGAACGUCUGGGUCUGAAGAUGGCCAAUGAAGCUGCUGCCAAAAACCGAGCCAAGAAGCAGGAAGCAUUACGGAGAGUCACGGAGAACUUGGCUAGUCUAACUCCCAAAGGCCUGAGCCCAGCCAUGUCCCCAGCCCUACAGCGCCUUGUAAGCAGGACAGCCAGCAAGUAUACAGAUCGAGCUCUGCGGGCCAGCUAUACACCAUCCCCAGCACGCUCUACCCACCUCAAGACCCCAGCUGGUGGGCCACAGACACCCACAAGCACACCAGCCCCUGGGUCUGCUACACGCACACCCCUCACACAGGACCCAGCCUCCAUCACAGACAAUUUGCUGCAGCUCCCUGCCCGGCGCAAAGCUUCAGACUUCUUUUAGAGCCAGGCCUGGCUGGACCUGUGGGUGUUUUGUGGGACACUUUGUGGAACAUGUAGGGCAGCUGUCUACUCUUCAGACAACUCCGGGCCUUGGAGUUGGUUAUCCCAGGAACCACAAGUGUGUAGUGCUGUGCCAUGGCCAGGUUGGCAUGUUAGGCUGACCACUCCCUUGGGAUUAUAGCACUGGUGCUGUCCAUCAAGGCCCUGCUGAAACUGCUUUCUAGUUAACCUGACUGAACCCUCAUUAAAGAACACCUGCCACCCUC